AUGUGUUUUGGAAUAUUAAUUGGUGAAACUCCUGAAACGACCCAAUGGGUGUUUGCGGUUGCUGCUGGUUUAUUCAUCUACAUAGCUUUGGUUGACAUGAUGCCAGAACUAUCAGCACCAAAAACCAAAGAUGAAAACUUUUCAAUUAUUCAAUUUGUACUUCAAUUAAGUGGCAUGUUAAGCGGCUUUGGAGCGAUGUUAUUGAUUGCGAUUUACGAAGAGAAGUUGGAAACACUUUUCACGGCUUAA